AUGUCAACCACUGAGUCAGGAAUCAUUGCUCUUGUGCUUUUGCGUUUGUUUUAUAAGCUUCAGUAUGCUGAUAAGAGCGUUUUGAUGAAAGAGUUGACUAGGUCUUUUGGGUGGAACACAUAUGAUUCUUUUAUGCAGCAGGAUGUACAGGAACUGAAUAGGGUUUUGUGUGAAAAGCUUGAGGAAAAGAUGAAGGGGAUUGUUGUUGAAAGCACAAUACAGAACUUGUUUGGUGGACACCAAAUGAACUAUAUUGAGUGCAUCAACGUGGAGUUUAAGUCUACUAGGAAGGAGUCUUUUUAUGAUCUUCAGCUUGAUAUGAAAGGGUGCAAGGAUGUGUAUGCCUUGUUUGAUAAGUAUGUGGAAGUUGAACAUAUGGAAGAAGACAACAAGUACCAUGCUGAGGGACAUGGUUUGCAGGAUGCUAAGAAAGGGGUGCUUUUCACUAAUUUCCCCCUUGUCCUUCAACUUCAUCUCAAGCGGUUUGAGUAUGACUUUUCGAGUGAUUCAAUGGUUAAGAUCAAUGAUCGGUAUGAGUUCCCUCUCCAACUGGAUCUUGAUAGGGAGAAUGGCAAGUGUUUGUCUCCUGAUGCGGAUAGGAGUGUCCAGAAUCUCUACACACUUCAUAGUGUUCUACUGCACAGGGACGGGAAAAGUGACACGGACAGGAUUAUUUGUGAUGUUGAUGAGAAUGACAUUGCUGAAGACCUCAGGACAAGGAACACCUCUUUCCAUCUGGAUCAUCCAUUAACGCCUGAAGAGGAAGCGAAAAUGGUUGGCCAGAUGAUCAGGGAAGUUUCACCCAGGAUUCACAACGUGGAGUUGAACUUGUUUCUGGAGGUUAUGGAUUUGAAUCCUGAGCCUCUACCAGAAAAAACUGAAGAAAACAUACUUCUCUUCUUUAAGGUUUAUGAUCCUGAAAAGGAAGAGCAUCGAUAUGUGGAGAGGAUGUUUGAGAAGAGCUCUGGAAAGCCAUGCAAAGUGCUGCUAAAAGUGUCGGCUGGAUUCUCUAUGAACGAUGAUAUUGAAAUUCUCGAGGAAGUGAAGUUUGAACAGAAUAUUGUUUGUAAACCGAUGGAUACACGUUCUUGGUCCAGAGUUCAAGAUGGGGAAAUCAUCUACAUUCAAAAGCUCCUUUCUAGAGAAGAUCAAGAACAAUUUUGA